GUCAUCCUUCAUCGCGGCUCGAAGCGGGUCGCACGUGUUUUGGUUCCUCGCACGAAAAGAAGCUUGUGGCGUGGUGCGAGACGCUGAGAAAUUAAAUUAGUUUUUACGGUGAAAAUAGCCGUAUUUUCGUGAAAUUACCAGUCGGGAACUUUAGUUUGAGUGCGCCGGCACCGUUUGUGAGAUUAUAAACACACAGAACACCAUCAUGGGUAAACCAGGAUUCUCUCCCCGAGGAGGUGGCGGCAGCGGCGGAGGACGCGGCGGGCCAGGAGGGCGUGGUGGUCGCGGGGGUGGUGGCGGUAGAGGAGGAUUUGGCGGGGGCGGCCGGGGUGGUCCGGGAGGUCGCGGAGGAUUCGGGGGCCGUGGAGGUGGCGGCGGUCGAGGUGGCCCUGGAGGGCGGGGUCGUGGAGGCGGUGGCCGUGGGGGUGGCGGACGCGGGGGCGGUGCCAAGGGAGGUGGCUUCAAGGGGGGAAAGACCGUCGUCAUCGAGCCGCAUCGUCACGAGGGCAUCUUCAUCGCCCGUGGCAAGGAGGACGCGCUGGUCACGCUGAAUCUGGUUCCCGGAUCGGAGGUGUACGGCGAGAAGCGGAUCUCGGUUGAGACUGACGGCGAGAAGAACGAGUACCGCGUGUGGAACCCGUUCCGGUCGAAGCUGGCCGCGGCCGUCCUCGGCGGAGUGGACAAAAUUCACAUGCCUCCGGGCUCGAAGGUGCUGUACCUGGGAGCGGCUUCCGGCACGACCGUUUCGCACGUGUCGGACGUCGUCGGGCCCGAGGGACUCGUGUACGCCGUCGAAUUCUCACACCGGUCGGGCCGCGACUUGAUAAACGUGGCCAAGAAGCGAACGAACAUCAUCCCGAUCAUCGAGGACGCACGGCACCCGCACAAGUACCGGAUGCUGGUCGGACUGGUGGACACCAUCUUCGCCGAUGUGGCCCAGCCCGAUCAAGCCCGUAUCGUGGCCCUGAAUGCGCACCAGUUCCUGCGGAACGGUGGCCACUUUGUGAUUUCCAUCAAGGCGUCCUGCAUCGACUCGACGGCCGUUCCGGAGGCGGUCUUUGCGGCGGAGGUCAAAAAGCUCCAGUCGGAGAAGCUCAAGCCGCAGGAACAGAUCACGCUCGAACCGUACGAACGAGACCACGCGGUUGUCGUCGGAAUCUACCGGGCGGCACCAAAGGCCGGAGCGUAAAACCGGGCGGCAUUUGCUUCUUCUAUUACUUUCUAGUUGUUAAGUCGUAUAAUUUUCCUCUUUUUAACACGUUCAUAAUUGGGUUCGCGCCGCGGCCGGAACCCGCCUUGGUCGCAACAGAAUUGCAAAAACAAAAUAGAGUUUAUAAAUACUACCUUUAAUGUGACAUAAACAAGUAAUAAAAUACAAACUUAUUACAAAAAA